AUGUUACGCUCUACACUUUUUAGAUCAAUUAGACCAUCAAUCGCCUACAGAAGCCCUAUUGUUGCCUCUAGAAACUAUGGUAUAAUCGACUCCGCCACCAAGGCAGUUUUUGGUGAAAAGGGGUUAAAGGAGAAGAAGGCUAAGGAAGGUGAAUUAAAAGAACAAGGUGAGGAACUUGCUGAUAAGGCUAAGCAGGCAGGACAACAAGUUGCCGAUAAAGCAAGUGAAGCAGUUGAUGGUGCUAAAGACGCUACACAGAAUGCCACAAAGGAAUUCUCAGAUAAGGCAGAAGGGAUAAGCGAAUACGCCAAAAGAUUAGCCGAUGAAGUUGCAGGCAACGAUCCAGCUGUUGAAGGAGCAUCAAUUGAGGAGUUUGAACGUGUUGAGGAGAAGGAUGGAAAAUUGAAAAGAAGCAAGAGAACAGUGAUUGAGGAAGAAGAGGAGGAGGAAGCAAGGGAACGAGUUCAUGAAAACGUGCAAGGUCAAGGAUACACUAGUUUGCAAGAGAAAGGUAGAGAAGCGCCAGUGCAACAAAACAGACCCGACGAUGGUGUUUACUAG